UUCAAUUAGUCCCUGAUGGGUGGAGUAAUACAAUCAGGAGAAACUUCAGCUCACCCGGAGCCUCCUCUCAGUCUGCCCUAGACUCCGCACAGGCACACACUCCUCAGACAGGAAGGUGAAUGACUCUGGGUCAAAAUGACCGAGCGCUACGACUGCCACUACUGCAAGGAGUCCCUGUUUGGGAAGAAGUAUGUUUUGAGAGAAGAGAAUCCCUACUGUGUGAAAUGUUAUGAGAGCCUGUACUCCAACACCUGUGAGGAGUGCAAGAAGCCCAUUGGCUGCAAUACCAGGGAUCUGUCAUACAAGGACCGUCACUGGCAUGAGGAGUGUUUCAUGUGCUUCCAGUGCAAGCGCUCGCUGGUGGACAAGCCCUUUUCCACCAAGGAUGAAAAGCUCCUCUGCACUGAGUGCUACUCCAAUGAGUAUUCCUCCAAGUGCCACGAGUGCAAGAAAACCAUCAUGCCAGGCUCCAGGAAGAUGGAGCACAAGGGGAACAGCUGGCAUGAGACCUGUUUCACCUGCCAGAGAUGCCAGCAGCCCAUUGGCACCAAGAGCUUCAUCCCCAAGGACAACCAUAACUUCUGUGUGCCCUGCUAUGAGAAGCAGUUUGCCAUGCAGUGUGUGCACUGCAAGAAGCCCAUCACCACUGGCGGGGUGACCUACCGUGACCAGCCCUGGCACAAGGACUGCUUCCUGUGCACCAGCUGCAAGCAGCAGCUGUCUGGCCAGAGGUUUACCUCUAGAGAUGACUUUGCCUAUUGUCUCAACUGCUUCUGCAACCUUUAUGCCAAGAAGUGUGCCUCCUGCACCACCCCCAUCAGUGGCCUUGGAGGCAGCAAGUACAUUUCCUUUGAGGAGCGCCAGUGGCACAAUGACUGCUUCAACUGUAAGAAGUGCUCCGUGUCCCUGGUUGGCCGUGGCUUCCUCACUGAACGUGAUGAUAUCCUGUGCCCAGAGUGCGGCAAGGACAUCUAAUUCGGUCUGAAGGAAGACAGACACAUCUGAUUGGAUGGCCAUGUUAUGAUAGAGGAAUGACAAAGAUACAAAAAAUACUAUCAAAGCACAGAGCAUAGCAUCCAUAGCAUCUUUACAACCUAGCAUUACUAUGAAUGUACAUUGAUGUAUGCCACGAAAUACAAACUACUAACAGUGUUAUUUGAAUUUAGACUAAUUUAAAGUAACCUAAAGUUUAAGUUAAAUGCUCACUCUUUGAGAAAAGGUUAUCACUAAUAAAAUAACUGUUGGCAAUAAUGUGAAGACCUUUGCUUACGAAACAGCAACUCAUUUGCAGAUAGACACUGUAUGAAGCAUUUUGAAAUAAAUCUACAAAAUGAAUGUAGAUGCACUUUUAAGUAUCAUAAUAAUUACUGCUUUGUGCAUGGGCUAGCUUGAUGCUAUAUUUAGUAGAGGUUUUGUGAAUGAGUUCUGCAAUUACAAAUUAAAUAUAUUAAAACUGUG